GGUUUCCAAGGAGCGGCUGGUGCAUUUCGACUGCCAGUCUUUUGGUUAGCAGUCGAACGCUUAACCACUGCGCCACCGGGGCUCCUGUCCAGUACUAGGCUCUGAGAAUACCGUAGUAACCAAAGGCGACAUGGUUACUGCCUGCCUGGAGAGUAUAGUUUAGUGGAGGGAGUCAAACAUUAAACACGUAAUCAUGGAAGUAGAAGUAUAAAUACAAAAUUUUACAAUUAUUAUGGAGGAAGCAAAAAAUAAUAAAAUACCUAAAAUAUUUUAGACAGGGUGGUCAGAGAAGAUUUCCUGAAGGAGGUGACACUUAAACUGUCACUUGAGACAUUAUGACAAGAACCAGAAGCAUAUUCCAGACAGAGAGAGUAGCCCUUGGAGUUACCUCAUUUCGCAAAGAACUUGGCCUGAGUCAUCCCCGAUAUUCAGGAAGAGAUGUGAUAAUGGAUCAUCAUGUUUCCACCAUCAAACCUCGAAGAAUCCAAAACCAAAAUGUCAUUUACCGCUUGGAACGCCGAAGGAUCAGCUCAGGCAAAGCAGGUACCCACUGGCAUCAGGUCCGAGUGUUCCACCAGAAUGUCUUCCCCAACUUCACAGUUGUCAACGUUGAGAAGCCUCCUUGUUUCUUGCGUAAAUUCUCACCUGAUGGACGCUUCUUUAUUGCUUUUUCCUCGGACCAGACAUCUCUUGAAAUCUAUGAGUACCAGGGCUGCCAGGCAGCAGAGGACCUACUGCAGGGGUAUGAGGGGGAGAUCCUUUCCAACGGCAAUGACCAGCGGUCAGUCAAUAUCCGGGGCCGGCUCUUUGAACGCUUUUUUGUCCUGCUGCACAUUACCAAUGUAGCGGCCAAUGGCGAGCAUCUGAACCGGGAAUGCAGCCUGUUCACUGAUGACUGCCGCUGUGUCAUUGUGGGCUCAGCGGCCUACCUCCCGGACGAGCCUCACCCUCCUUUCUAUGAGGUGUAUCGGAACAGUGAAUCAGUGACUCCCAAUCCACGGUCCCCUCUAGAGGACUAUUCCCUCCAUAUCAUUGACCUUCACACUGGCCGCUUGUGUGACACUCGCACGUUCAAAUGUGACAAAGUGGUCCUGUCACACAACCAAGGGCUGUACUUGUAUAAGAACAUCCUGGCCAUCUUGUCAGUGCAGCAGCAGACCAUCCACGUCUUCCAGGUAACUCCCGAAGGCACUUUUAUUGAUGUGCGGACCAUUGGCCGCUUCUGCUAUGAGGAUGACCUGCUCACUGUGUCAGCUGUUUUCCCUGAGGUACAGCGGGACAGUCAGACAGGCAUGGCCAAUCCCUUUAGGGAUCCUUUCAUCAACUCCCUGAAACACCGGCUGCUGGUGUACUUGUGGCGCCGGGCAGAACAGGAUGGUAGCGCAAUGGCCAAGAGGCGCUUCUUCCAGUAUUUUGACCAGCUGCGGCAGCUUCGUAUGUGGAAGAUGCAGCUUUUGGAUGAAAACCAUCUGUUUAUCAAGUACACUAGUGAGGAUGUUGUAACACUGCGGGUCACAGAUCCAUCACAGGCAUCUUUCUUUGUCGUGUACAAUAUGGUGACAACAGAGGUGAUUGCUGUAUUUGAGAAUACAUCAGAUGAGCUUUUGGAACUCUUUGAGAACUUCUGUGACCUCUUCCGUAAUGCUGCCCUGCACAGUGAAGUCCAGUUUCCCUGCUCAGCUUCCAGUAACAAUUUUGCAAGGCAGAUCCAACGCCGCACCUGUGGAAUUACUUGUGUAUUGGCUGUGAUUCCUGCUAGACUGCACAUGAGCUGCAGAAAGAUAGAGACAGUGCCUUUGUUGUUUAUUGCUAUAUCCUCAGCAGUACAUUGUCAAGAUCUUAAAUAUUUGUUGAAUCAGUUAGGAAAUCAUUUUAGAACUUUUGGUUAAACAUGAUGUGUUGAACAAAUGCAUUUAUCUUCUCUCCAUCCCGAAACUCUAUUAAAAAUGACAGUAAAGGAAUAAGAGGUACAAAUCUGCAAAAACAAAGAAUGAGAAAGGAGUCUAUUGGUGAUAGGAGAUAUCAACACAGAUUUGGAAGCUGAAAAGGCAGUGGAUGAAUGAUAACCUCAGAGAGCAGAAACUUAUGCCUGUAGCGCUCAGUCGUCAAGAAGAAAGCCUGACUUUCACCACAGAACUCUGUAAAGGAUCAGAGAUUGGAGGCCUUAGAUACCUCUGAAGUGGGGUAUGAGGUAGCCUGAAAUCAGGAGGAUUAGGUGAAGUUCUUAAGAGGAGCAGUCAGAUCCUCUAGAUCCUUCCCCUUAGCCUAUGCUGUCAGAUGAGGCCUCUUCCUCCACCUCAGCAAAAGGGUAAAGGUUUACUCAGGUUCAUAAGGCAUAGCUGAGAGCAGGAUGAGACAUAUCAGAGUGAAAACAGAGGAAUUAAGUGAAAGUUGACGUACUGAAGGGCGAGACUCCUGUCGCCCUUACCACAUCUGACAUCCAGGCUUAUACUCCCCAGGCAGGAGAUUAAUGAAUUUCCCUAAGAAAACCAAAUCAACUCAAAAGAAGAGACCUUCAGAUAAUGACAUUGGAGUCCCUUUGCAAAACACCUAGGUCACCCUAAAUUGAUACCCACCAGUCAACAAAGUCCUCCUAUGAACCAAGGUUUCUAAUAUCAUCUUAGUACAUUAUUAUAAAAUGAUUGGUUUCUUUAGGCCCAGAGUCCAAGCUAAAUCCUACUCUAGUCAGUUAGUGCCCAUCAGAUUUCAGAGUUCUGAGUUACUCCCCCAACCUUAGCCAGUUAUGGAAAGUAUCUGCUUUAGGUCCCAAGCUAGACCUGACCAGAGUUGGUGGGUGAAUCAGGAUAAGCAUUACUGCCAGUGGGGAGAAGGAUCAAAGCAGAUGUCUCAAUGCAUUGGCGUUAUAAAGAGAGUACUAGAUCAGAAAUAGAUGGAUGUUGAUUUUCAGAUAGCUGGAUUUGCCCUUUCCUUUUUCUCUGGUACACACAAAUAUUCUGCGUUAUUAGCAACUAUUCAGUAAAGGAGGAAUUUUGGAAGCAGAACAUGGAUCAGAUUUUCUCUUUUCAUUUUGGAAUAAAUCACUUUUAAAAUUAAGCAAAUCAUUACCAACAAAUAACAAAAGGAAUUAAGGGAUUAGGUAUAAAACAAACAAAAAAAACUGGGUACAUUCAAGUCACAACAUCAAGAAGUCACUAGAGGGUAAGCUCCAUGAGGUCAGGAGUUUUUGUCUGUUAUAUUCACUGUCCUAUUCAUAGCACCUAGGCCAGUGACUGAUACAUAGGAGGAGCUCAUUAAGUGUUCACGGAAUGAAUGAAGUCAUCCAGGAAUUAGAAGAAGCUGCGUUUUCUGAAAAUUAUUUCAGAAUGCAUCUGGAAUUGAGAAAUUACAGGAAGCCUCAGGGAGGAACAAAUAAAAGUUGUAUUUCAGGUUGGUGAUCUUUAAAACUUUGCUCCAUACCAGCAAAAGAUUUUGAAAAAGUAUAGAUACCCUCACACAUUUUUAAGUUGAUCUCUUAAGUUUUUUUUUUUUUUGCUAUUAAAUUUAAAAAGUUAUAGAGGAUAUAAUUUCCAGUGUAUGGUAAACAUUGACAUUUAAAAAUAAAAUUGUUACAGCACCAAGGAAUCUAAAUACCUUAGUAAUUUAUUAAUCAAGUAUUUGAUAUAUAAAAUAUAGAGCAAACUAUUCCCAGUUUGUUGGAAAUUUUAUAUUGUUUUGAAUUUAUUAAUUCAUAUACCUAAUCCAUCUCCCCUACAAAAUUGUAUCCUAAUAUAGUAUAUUUUAUUGACUACUGUAUCAUACUUUGCUGCAUUGAAAAUAUAAGGUAGGUAUAAAUUGAAAUUAUUUUUUAUUUCCUGUGAACACAUGGUUCUAAAUGCUAAAUUGUAUAGUCUCUUGGUAAGAGUAAGAUCUUUUGGUAAAAGUAAGUGAAAAUGGGUCCUUUAUGGGUCAGAAUAAAUGUUUAAGAAAAAAUAAAAUGGAAACCAAGAAUUGCGAAUCAUUUAAGGAAAGUCUUUAUCAUAAGAAACAGAAAUCAAAACAAAACCAACAGAGUAAAGAAUAAUAAACAGUAUUGCAUUCGCUGAACAAUAGGAAGCUACAGAAACAAGAACAUUCCUAAACAGCUAGAUGUUUCUGAAAAUGUAAAAUAUGUUAGCUAUAGUUGAGGAACUCUCCAAGAAAGUAGAAUAAAAAGAGAAGGAAAGUGGAAGCUAAAUAAUAAGAAAAUUAGAGGUAUCAGCCCAAGAGGUCCAGUAUCGUGCCAGUUCUAGAAGGAGCAAUGGAGAAAAUGGAGAGGAAAUUAUCAAAGAAAUAAUAUAGGACAAUUUUCCAAUACUGAAGGACAUGAAUUUCCAGGUUGGAAGGACCAUCCAGUGGUGUGCUGGUGCUGGCUUGUACUAGCUCACAAGGGCCUACUGUUAUAUUUUCAAUAAUUUUGCAAGCUGAUUGUUAAACACAGCCAUUAUUAAAAAUCAGAUUCUAUAUUAAGGACGUAAAUGUGAAAAUUAAACCAUAAAAUUUCUAGGAGAACAAACAGGGGGCAGUGCUGUCAAGCCUAGCAUUCAACAAUGGAUUAUUGAAUAUAAUAACAAAAGCACAAAUAGUAAAAGACAAAUAAA